AAGAGUUAGCAAUCCGAUUGAUUCCAUCGAGAGCAUUACGCGCAACAAUGACGCUGGAAUGUAGCGAGCACGAGGGAAUGCGGUAGCCAAGAGGGGAGGUUAAACGAGGCACAGAUCAGGGAGAGAUCUGGGGAUAAUGAUGAUGACAGCCGGACGCACAUACCUUCGAUACCCUCUAGGGAAUGGCGGAACAAAAGAAAAGAAAAAAAAUACAGAUACUCGUAUAGAAUUUUUUUUGAGUCGCGAAUGGAAAUCGAGGAAGAGUCGUGAAGGAGAGAGAGAAGAGGAAGGAGAAAAGAAGAGGGGAAUGUCCAGGCCUGAAUGGGGGGGAGAACAGACCGACAGCGGAACCCAAAAAGACCCUCGAGACCACCGGAAUGCACGAAUGCACCCACCACACACUGAUACGCGCGCGGCCAGAUCCGCCUUGGAAAGAAGCCACGAGGAUUCGCACAGGGAUGAUUAUGUAUUAUGUAUUAUUUUUGUGAUUGUUGUUCUUGUUAUCAUGCAAGAGGGAGGUCGAGUUCUCAAUCUGUACGAACCAACUUGACAUUUUGAACUGGCUUAUCGGUGCUUCGUACAGGAUACCGAAUUCUCCUCCCGGUAUACUCC